UGAACGACCAGGAGACUCUCACAAGACUCGUCUGAUCAUCACAACUUCCCCAGGUGACGACAGAAAGAGACAGGUUGGUGAAAUGGCUUCAAACCAAAUGGAAGUUGCUGCUCUGGGUCGACCUUUCACCCUCGGAAUGCUCUAUAAUGCUCAAAAAGAUGACCUGAUCACAGGUUUGACGUUGUGGGAUGAUGAAACGCUACAAGUAAAGACGAAUCAAAGUUUCAUACCUAGCAGUGAUUUCGUUAUUACUGAAUCUGACUCCAUUGAAUCCAAGUCCUCUCUGCUGGAUCUUGAUGCUUCUCUGAAGGCCAGCGUCCUCUGUGGACUGAUUGAGGUCGGAGGAUCUGCCCAUUACCUGAAAGAUCACAAAGAAUUCAGGAAUCAGAGCAGAGUGAUUUGUCAGUACAAAUCUACAUCCCUCUUGGAACAGUUGUCAAUGACUGACCUGAUGACCUUAGAACCCCAACAAAAGGACGUUAUCAUCAAGAGCUCUGCAACACACAUAGUCACAGGCAUCCUUUAUGGGGCGAAUGCUUUCUUUGUGUUUGACAGUGAAAGGUUAGACAGCAGCAGUGUUGGCGAAAUUGGGGGCAGCAUGAAAGCUAUAAUAAGAAAGAUUCCCUCAAUUACUAUUACGGCAGAGGUGAGCCGAAAAAUGACAAAGGAAGAAAAAGCCCUGAGUGCUAAAGUUUCCUGCAAGUUCUUUGGAGACUUCAACCUCCAAAGCAUCCCAUUAACAUUGGAAGAUGCAGUGAAGACUUGUGGACAACUCCCACAGUUACUGGGGGAAAAUGGAGAGAAAGCUGUCCCAAUGAAGGUCUGGCUGAUGCCACUGACUACUUUAUAUCCAGAAGCUGCUAAGAUGAUGCGUGAGAUUGACGUUGGACUGGUGGUGAAGAUACAGCGUACUCUUGAAGAUUUGAGGGAAAUCAAAAUGAGAAGCAAUGAAUCUCUGGAAGACAAAGCGGUAGAUGACUUUCCACAUAUUAAAGAAGAAUUAGACACUUUCCAGAAGUUGUGUCGCCUCUAUACAUCAAACCUCCAGGGGGCCAUGAAGGUGAAACUCCCCUUCAUCCGUGAAGGUAAAGAAGAUGAGAGCUCAUUAGAAAAAACCUUGGAAAAGAGAGGCAAGUCCCCAUUCAGUCAAGAAAAACUAAUCAAGUGGCUGAAUUAUAAGGAGAGAGAAAUCAACGUCAUCAGAUCCUGUGUAGAGAUCAUGGAGGGAACAAAGAUCGUCAAAAAUCCGUCCGAGCUCGACAGAGAGGUUCUUGCUGCAGAUGUAGACGAUACUUUGUGCUUUGUUUUCACCUCCACCAAACGAGGCGACACUUACCUUGAUGAGAUGGCCACAUAUUUGGACACUCCUAGAAAGGGGAGUACCACUGAAGACGAGUGGUUGUACUCAGAUGAAAUCUUGACCUCUAUGAGACAAAAAGCCAAAGCUUUCCAAGACUUCACCAAAGCCCAGAAGAACAACAACCGAAUCCGUUUCCUCAUCGCAGUCAUUCCAAAUGAGAAAUACAAAGGAGCAACUAUCUACCAUUACAAGCAGGGCAUUCUGGACAGUGAAGAUUUCUCAGAACCUCACAUUGAUCCUGAAAAGAUCACGGCCAGAAGAGAUCUGAUUUGGUAUGCCUGUGAUCUCACCCUGGACCCAAACACUGUCAACAACAACCUCCUUCUGUCUGAUGGAAACAAGAAGGUAAAAAGUGGAUCAAAGGGGGAAAAAUAUCCUGAUAAGCCAGAGAGGUUUAAAGUACACAGUCAGGUGUUGUGCCGAGAGGGUUUAUCUGGGCGCCAUUACUGGGAGGUUGAGUGGGAAAAUCCUUCGUUUAGGAAACGUAUUUAUGCAGCUGUUGCAUACAAGACCCUUGUAAGAAAAGGCAAGGGUCAUGAUAGCGAAUUUGGAAAUAAUACCCUAUCGUGGGCUUUUGGCCAGGGGGGAACACGUUUCUUACCCCUACUUCGUGCAUGGCACAAUGGAAAGGUGUGGGAAUCUCAUCUUCCCUCUGGUGGCUGCUCAACUCUUGGUGUGUAUCUGGACUGGCCUGCAGGCACUCUGUCCUUCUACAAAGUCUCCUCUGACACACUGACACACCUCUACACCUUUCACACCACCUUCACUGAGCCUUUGUACCCAGGCUUCUGGGUUCACAAUGAAGGCAACUCCGCCUACCUGCGUCCUCUUCAAUAG